CUAAUGGCAGAGGCAACAGGGAAACCCAUCCUUUGCUGCGGCUGCUACGCUGAAGGACGGUCCUCAGAGAAGUUGGAGGUUGCACCACCAUCUCCAGGACAACUGAAACAUGUGUUCUUCCACAAUGCAUUACCUUUUGUAGGGUUUGGAUUUUUGGAUAACGCAAUUAUGAUUGCUGCGGGAACCCAAAUAGAACUGUCAAUUGGAGUUGUCCUAGGCAUUUCGACUAUGGCAGCUGCAGCUUUGGGAAACCUUGUUUCAGAUUUAGCUGGACUGGGUCUUGCAGGUUAUGUAGAAGCGCUAGCUUCACGACUGGGUCUGUCGAUCCCUGAUCUGACACCCAAACAAGCCGAUAUGUGGCAAACGCGUCUCAGUGCACACUUGGGUAAAGCUAUUGGAGUGACCAUUGGCUGCCUUUUAGGAAUGUUUCCUUUGUUGUUCUUUGGCGAUGAGGAAGAAAAACUGGAAGAAAAAAAAUAACCUUUUUACAAGACAUCCACAAAUGUAAACUGCUGUACCUCAAUAAUUCAAUUACGCUGUCAAUAUUUAGGAAUUAACAGACAGUAAAAAAUGUAUAGACUUGGGAACAAAACCUUCAGCAUGUCGUUUUAUGGAAACACUAAUUUAUUGUGGCGUUGUUGUGUUCAGUACUUCUUUUUAUAAGAUACCAUCUAAGUUUUUGUUUAACUGUAAGUUUUUUGAAGUGUUUUCUCUUAUGGCAACUGAUGUUUACCACUUUCCCCUUUGACUUUUUCUUUAAUGGAUUAUUGCUUUAAUAAUCCACCAUGGAUGACAGUAGCACUCUUGAGUUGGAUAUUAGUUGCUUAGCAGUUGUAAUUGCAUGACAAAAUUUCACAGCUGUUCAUCAGGUCCUUCAAUGCAGAUUAUUAAGGA